CAGUAGUGAAGCUGGACAUUUUGCACAGCGAUCCGGGGCUGCGUGCUGUCUUAUGAAAAGCGAGACUGUCCCGCGAGAAGCGGGACUGCUGAACAAUCUGGGUAGAACUUGUCAGAAAUUGUAUAUCAUCCAGUUUCUCUACUAAUUCCCUCCGGCUGCCUGAAUUUCGUCGAGCGAAACAUGAUGCGUGAUUUCAAACCUGGGGAUUUGAUCUUUGCCAAAAUGAAAGGUUACCCACACUGGCCAGCUAGGGUGGAUGAACUUCCUGAUGGGGCUGUGAAACCUCCCUCAAAUAAAAUGCCAAUUUUCUUUUUUGGCACUCAUGAGACAGCUUUUUUGGGUCCAAAAGACAUAUUCCCUUACGAAGAAAAUAAGGAGAAGUAUGCCAAACCUAAUAAGCGAAAGGGCUUUAACGAGGGGUUGUGGGAAAUUGAGAACAACCCUAAGGUUAAAUUUUCAAGUCCGCAGAAUAUCUUGGCAUUCACUAAUGCUGCUCUAAGAGAGGCAGCAGAAGCGCAAAUGCAAGAAGACCUAGAGGAAAAUGAGGAGAAACUGACAAAGAAAAGGAAAUCAACCACAUCAAAGAUUUUAGGUAAGCAUUCUGAUUCAUCCUCCAGUGGAAUUGAGUCUCCUGAGAAAGAUAUGAACGCCACAAAGGAAGAUACAAGCAUUUCGGAUCAACUUGGCAGUGAAGAUGCCGCUAUCCCAAAAGAUUCACCUGUUGUAGUUAAAGGCAGAAGAGGUAGAAAGCGAAAGGUUGAUAUUCUGGCUGAGUCUGUGCAAGAGACAGGGGCUGCACCAGUGAGUCCACCAAUACAGAGCCCUAAAAGAGGCAGACCAGCCACAGGAGAGGUCAAGGUUCCAAAGCCAAGAGGGAGGCCGAGAUUAAUAAAACCCCCUCCCUCUCCAGAACGAGGCAUGAUGAGUGAAGAAGAUCAGAGUAAGAAAAAAUCUCCAGAAAGAAAACCAAAAAAACAAACGCUUCAGAAAAAGGAUGAGGUGUUAAGGGACGAAGAAGAAAAACCAAGAAAAGACACAGACAAGAAAGAGGCAACCAUGGACACUGAGUCCAAAAAGAAAGUUGCAGCAAAGAUUGAUUCUCCUGCUCCGUCAGAUUCUGAUGAGGAUGAGCAAGAAGAUGAAAUGAAGAGCAAAGGUGGCAAAGUCUCCCAGGUGGCUCAAAAGCGCAGCCUGAAAGCUCAACAGGAAAAAGAGAUUUCUGAAAAAAAGCGCAAACAGGAGGAAACUGUUGACAUGGAGAGCCAGUCUAAGGACGAGGUGAAAAAAGAUGAUGUUAAAAAACUGGACAAGAAAAAGGAAACAUCCACUGAUGCCAGACUUCAAAGGAUACAUGCAGAAAUUAAGAGCUCUUUAAAGAUUGACCACUUGGAUAUAAACAGAUGCAUCAGUGCUUUGGAUGAGCUGGCUUCUCUCCAAGUAAGCAUGCAGCAAGCUCAGAAGCACACAGACAUGAUCACUACCCUAAAAAAAAUUCGUAGGUUCAAAGCCAGCCAAGUGAUUAUGGAUAAGGCAACCAUGCUGUACAACAAAUUCAAGAAUAUGUUCCUGGUUGGGGAAGGUGAUUCUGUCAUCACUCAAGUUUUAAAUAAAUCUCUAGCAGAGCAAAGGCAGCACGAGGAAGCCAAUAAAGCCAAGGAACCUGGAAAGAGAGGACCUCACAAGAGACUGGAAAAAGAGCAAAAUCCAGACGCAAAUACUUUAAAUGGUGACCGGGAAACUCCAGAUCAAGCACAACAAAAUGGAGACAGCAGUGAGGAGACGGAGGAGAAAGAAGAGAAAACUUCAAAGCGCCCUGGCAGUGCAACAAAAGGCAACGAGGGCAACAAACAAAGCCAAGACGAUUCUGCGCCAGACAACUAACGCUCCAACCCACAUUCAAGUGGUCAUUUUACGAUGGCACAUUUUCGAAUGCUGAGAAUUUCAAUUCCUUUUAUAAAAGCAACCAGUAUUUUGAGCUCUUUUGAGAUGAGACAUUUUUAUGUUUUCUCAAAGUAGUGCUGAUCUAUAUGCCCACUUGCUGUUUGGCACAUUAUAUGCUGUUUUAAUAGCAAAAUCGUUGUACUGGACCUUAAAACAAAACUAAGCCAGAGUGGUUAUCUGCAUUUCCCUUUCAUUUAUUUCAAAACAGUAUGUGCAUGCUGCAAUAGGCUGCUUCUCUUUCACUCAUACAGGAUAUCCUGUAAUCUACCUGCUACACUGUAACACACCAAGCCAGUAUUUAUCUGAAACAAAGUACAUAAAGUAAAUGUACUUACACAAAUAACUAAAACUAGACAAAUCCCAGUAUACUCCAUCUCUAGUACAUUGUUGCUACAGCUGAGUUUCCGUUUAAUGAAAUCCUGAUGGAGCUCAGUUUCAAGAGAAUGAGUUCUGGCGAUAUAUGUGCUUCAGUCAACAAUGCAACAAUUAGUUGUCCAGACAUUGUUGGGUUCAACCAGUUAUUGGCUACAACAUUCUCUGGUCUUAACUGCCCUUCUGAUACAGAAAUGUAUCAGGUAAGUAGUAUCCAGGGUUAGACUGGGGGGCCCACCGGGACUGCUGUCCAGGCCCCCCACCAUACUAUGUGCGCAUAUGCAUGAAGACGCUGCGAAUAGCGCCAUGUGCAUGCACCAAAUGACGUCACUCGGCCCGCAUGUGCAGAUGGCACUGCGUAGUACCGACUUUUUUUUUAUAUAGAACCAAAUAUCGGGAGAGGGCUUUACACCCGUGAGGGUUAGGGCCCACGGGACCAGUCCGACCCUGGUAGUAUCUCAUUUUGACUGUGGCCUGAAAAUGCAAGUGUUGUAAACCUUUGCCUUUUUUCUCCCAAGAAAGAAGCCACUGGCAUUUAUUAUAUAUCAGAAUUAUUUGGGAGCCUACCAGGUGCAUAUGCUCCUCCUAUAUUAAAUAAAUGAGAUUAAUAAUGUAUUUAUAAAGCACCAAGAAAUUCUGCAAAAGCAAACAUUAAAUUGUGGAGCCCUGCUUAGCAGAAUUCUAAAGUCUAAGGGAGGAACUCCACGGUGCGGCUUGAGCUGACACGUCGCCAUGUUGUGUAGAUACAGGUGAAGUGAAGGAGAAAUCGCAGGUAAGAACUACAUUUAUCCGACUGUAGGAUGAAAAAACAACGUUUUCAGCCGACAGUCGGAUAAAUGUAGUUCUUACUUGUGAUUUCUCCUUCACUUUCUGUAUCUACACAACAUCCGACACGUCACAUGCAUCUCAUGGCGACGCAUUGGCUCGAGCCACUCCCUAAUAGGAGAAGGGGGUAUGAAACAUGAGAUAUACACUCGUUUACAAUGUGCCAUUCCAUAUAUUUCUUUUAUCAAAAAGGAAGUCCAUAGAGUAGCCAGUGAUUCUUUUCUCUAUACAGAAUGUGUGCCUAGUUGCUUACCUCUCCCUUAAAACAUGCUCUUUCUGUUUCCUCACCCAAGUGUCUGUUUUUCAGUGCAAGUCUAGUAUUUCUAACCUAUAAAUGUGACUUUACAACCCUAUGGGAAUAAACGUAGACAUUUUAACUGGCUUUAUUUUUUAUCAGCCCAUUCAUGCCUUUGUGGAACUGCAAGGUGCUGUACUUGAAGGCUUCUCUGGGCUCCACUGAUGGUCAGUUUGUUGUCCGCUAAUACCAGUAUUCUUGUUUUCUUUGUUGUGUUUGUGCAGAUUGUGAAGAAAAGGCAGUAUAUUUUUUAUAUAGCAGUGAUCAAAUUGUGUGAAGUCUUGUGGUUUUUGUUAUUGAGAAUCCUGUGUUCUAUUUUGUAUGAAGGUCAUAUGCUGUGCAAAGUAAGACUGCAAUGUAAAUAGGCUCCGUGAAACAGAUUUAUUGUGCUUUUGUAUUGAAGUCUCAAAUAAAACUGUAA